AUGGAGACGGACGAUAACGCAACUGCGAGCGUGCUCCGGACUACGCUUUCUUCUAUAUUGCCGCCAGAGGAAAUUACGUCUUCUUCGACGAAUUCGACGGAUUCGGAAGCGAUGGAACCGGAAGGAUCUGGUUAUUACGUUAUCAUCGGAGUGAUAUUGGUACCAAUCGCGAUGCGUUUUGUAAGUUGCACUCUUUUGGGUUCAAUCAAAACGGUGUAUCUCAGUUGUUGUUUUAGCUAUCAAAAAUAGGGUCAAUUGAUAAAUUGUCGAUUAAGAAAUUGUCUACAUUUUCUUAGUUGGUCACUUUUUGAUAUCUCUAUUGGCAGCUGAGAUAGAUGCGUUGAACUUUGUUGCAUUACACAAAGUCAUAGAAACGAUAUCUCAGUUGGCGCGCCAAACCUUACUUUCACUUACUUACGCGUUUCUUUUCAUCGCAUCGACCUCUCUUCGCGUAUUACUUCACCUGGAAUCUGUAAAAAGGUCUAAUUGAGUUGGAAAGUGGAGAAAAACGCUUUAAAGAGAUGUAUAUUUGGAGAAAAUUCAUCAAAAACUAAAAAAAAUGAACUUUGCGCGUAACAUAAAAUGCACUGUACGCAGAGCAACACCGGCGUGUCAAAAUGCACAGACUGAGAAUCAAACGUUUGGUGAACGUCGCAAAAGCCGCGCCGUGUGGCGUUGGAGAUAACAAAAAGUGUUCAACUAAAAAAUUGCUAAUCAAAACAUUUUCUACAUUUUCUCAGUUGACCACUUUUUGCCAUUACAACGGACUGCUGAGCGACACAAGUGUUUGCGUUUCGUAAGUUGAACUAGCUGAAAAUUGUGUAAAAAUUUAUCCGCGAAAUUUGCUCCCCAAUUUCAAAGUGUGCUUGCAGCUCAUCUUCCUUGUCUGCCGUCUACUCAACAGACGCGGCGAAGUGCGCACCGAACCGACCGUCUUUCCGUUCCUGAAAGCGCUCCAGGACUCCGACUCGCUGUGGCAGUCGCACGACGGACUCGUCACGUUUCAAAGUCGGAUCAAUGUGAGCGAUUGGAGUCGGCUCCGCCGCCGGCUGACUCCGUACCCGGCCCGCGGACACGACCACCUCCAAAACCUGCUCAAUUCCAUGUACGGCUACCGACCGGGCGGCACGCCGAAAAUUAAGCUGCCUGCCGAAGUGGUGACCGUCUCGAUACCCAGACAGAACUUCAAGUGCUCGAACGAUUGUACGAGUUUUGAGACGCGUGACGGAACGCCCGGUAGAUGGUCCUACCGGAUGUUGAGUGUUGGCAUUCAGGCGACGUACUUUCACCUCGGACAUCAGACGUACCUGGCCGGAAUCUGCGUGUAUCUGGACAAUCGGUACACCGCCUGGCGACUUCCCAAAUCGCGUUUCGAAUGGGCGUUCUCGAAAGAGCGCAAAGUGUACUGGCCGAAUUCGGAAAGGUUGAAGGCGAAAAUGAUGGAGAAGAAGUGGUGUCGACUGCGCAAUCAAUGGAUCAUACUGACGCGAAACGAGUUUGGCGAGAUUGACAAAUUCGUGUUCGACGGAAAAGAGAACCGAAUGGAGGCGGUCGAGUGUUUCGAUUGUCAAAUGAGCGACAACGAUAGUAUUGUGGACGAGAUUCCGACGGACGCCGUGCUGCCGCCCGACUGCCUCAGUUGGCUCAAAGUCGAGUUUUGCGAGGCGCGAAAAAAGCCGGUGAUGAUCGGAAAAGACGCCGCUGGCGAUAUUGUGCACUUCGAGUGGAACACAUCGAUCGGAAAGUUCAAAAUGGAGACGUGCUAUAGUUGUAAACUCACGGCGCGUGGACGUUUUGAGCGAGGAGGAGGAGAAGAGGACACCCCGCCGACCUACGAGUAUUUGGAGUUUAUUGAGAUGGUCGACGACGGACGACAAGCGUGAGUUUUGACGAGGGGACUAAGUUGAGUCCUUGACAAAAGGACGGAAAGCCAAAAGAUCGGAAAAAAAUGCCAAAGAUCGGAAAAAAAUGCCAAAAGAUCGGAAAAAAAUGCCAAAAGAUCGGAAAAAAAUGCCAAAAGGUCGGAAAAAAAUGCCAAAAAUCGGAAAAAAAUUCCAAAAAAUCGGAAAAAAAUUCCAAAAAAUCGGAAAAAAAUUCCAAAAAUCGGAAAAAAAUUCCAAAAAAUCGGCAAAAAAUGCCAAAAGGUCGGAAAAACUGCCAAAAGGUCGGAAAAACUGCUAAAAUACCUGUUUUCUGACUUUUUGUAAUUUUUUCAGACCUUUUGGCAUUUUUUUCCGACCUUUUGUAAUUUUUUUCCGAUCUUUUGGCAUUUUUUUUCCAACUGUUUGUCAUUCCGACCUUUUGGCUUCCGACCUUUUUGGUUUUCCGACCUUUUGUCACGGACUCACUACGUUUCGCGUAUGGGGAAAGUUAGGCCACGUCAAUCUCUCGUUGAGACUCGUGGCCUACCAUUUCUCAAUGAAUAAGCUAGGCCACGUGUCGAGAAUUGGCCUAGUUUUUUCAACGUUUUUUCUAGGCCACACUGUGCUUGGCCUAGUUUUCCUAUUAGCUUCUCAAAACUAUACAAUUUUCAGACCAACACUGAAAGCGAGCGAAAAGUGA